AUGGAGACCGGCGCUGGGGAGGGGGUCCUCGCCAAUUGCAACUCGCCAAGGCAUAAAUAUGGACGACCCCUAGCCUACUUAUUCUUCACGGUGGAGGACAUUCGUCAAUUCCUUGCGCUGGAUCAACCCGUUCCGCCUCUUAGAGCCAGACCACGUCCAUCUGGUGACGAAAUCGCCCCAGAUGACGGCGGGAGAUGA